GGUAUGCGCCAAGAUGGCGGCCUCCAUAGUGCGGCGCGGAAUGUUCCUGGUGCAGAAAGUGAUUCUGCCUCAGCUCUCCCCAGCAGGUAAAAGAUGCCUGCUUUCUGCAGCAUAUGUGGACAGCCACAAAUGGGAAACAAGAGAAAAAGAAGAUUGUCACCUUGCUGAUCUCGCAUCUUUAAUGGAUAAAACGUAUGAGAGAAAGUUGCCUGUUAGUUCUUUAACAAUAGGACGGUUUGUGGACAAUAUUUCAUCUCGAGAAGAAGUAGACCAUGCAGAGUAUUACCUUUACAAAUUUCGACAUAGCCCCAACUGCUGGUACCUGAGAGAAUGGACUAUUCACACCUGGAUUAGGCAGUGUCUGAAAUAUGAUGCACAAGACAAAGCCUUAUAUACUCUUGUAAAUAAGGUUCAAUAUGGAAUUUUUCCAGACAACUUUACAUUCAAUUUGCUGAUGGAUUCUUUCAUAAAGAAAGAAAAUUACAAAGGUGCUUUAUCAGUGGUUUUUGAGAUCAUGAUGCAAGAAGCCUUUGAAGCGCCUUCCACCCAACUUCUCUCCCUCUAUGUUUUGUAUCAUUGCCUGGCAAAGAAGACAGACUUCAGUUGGGAAGAGGAGAGGAACUUUGGUGCAUCCCUAUUAAUUCCAGGCCUGAAACAAAAGAACUCAGUGGGUUUGAGUUCCCAGUUAUAUGGCUAUGCACUUAUUGGGAAGGUGGAAUUGCAGCAAGGGCUACGGGCCGUGUACCACAACAUGCCUCUGAUAUGGAAACCAGGCUAUCUUGACAGAGCCCUUCAAGUGAUGGAGAAAGUGGCCUCCUCCCCAGAAGACGUAAAGCUGUGCAGAGAAGCGCUCAACGUGCUGGACAUAGUGCUGAAGACUCUGACUUCUCCAGCCGACCGGGCUUCAGAGGAACAGUCCCAAGAAGGUGAAGACAAUCAGGGGUCAGAAGUGGUGGAGCAGUUGGACUUAGAGGAAACAGAACAGUCCAAGCUUCCCCAAUACCUGGAACGAUUUAAGGCCUUACAUUCUAAGCUUCAGGCUCUGGGCAAAGUUGAGUCAGAAAGCCUUUUGACUCUGACCACCGAGCUUAUCAAGGAAGAGCUCCCCACCUAUGAAGCAGAAGACAUGGCCACCUAUGAGCAGAAACUGCAGCAGUGGCAUGUGGAUCGCGUACGGUUGAUUCAGAGGGAGCAGGAAUACAGGGAGAGAGCAAAACAGGAGUACCUGGCUCGGACAGCAGCAAAAGCAUCUGCCUGACAAGCCCCCUUCCCCGACCCUCCCACAAGAACUUCAGUGGAGCCCGUCCUAGGAUUCAGAAGUGGCUGGAACAACAGCCUCAGCUUCCUCUGUCUGUCUUCUCUUCUUAAGGCAGGCCACGUGGUCUAUGUAUCAAGGCACCAUGACUGCCCAUCCCGAUGCCAAGAAGGGCUGUGGAACUAUGAAAGUGGCAAGUGGUCAGACUGAAGCCACCAGCUCAAUACCUUAAAAUGGGCUCCAGGGGCUUAUGGUAGAGUGCCUGGGGCAUGGGGGGUCAGUUUUGAGCAUUGGGAAGGUGGUGCGAGAAGCUAUAGCUGAAGAGUCAGGUCUCAAGCUCGGGCUUUUGAAUUGACUCCUCUCCCCAGCCCAGGCAGACCAGGCCAAGGUAGACCGCGUGUUCUGAGCACUUGUGCGCCCGAGUCUCCUCUCCGAGCGCCAGCUACACUGUGAGCAGGCUGGGGCUACUCACACAGUCCCGCUCUCCCCUUUCCACCGUGUCUCGCCCUUCCAGACCUGCACUGGGAGAAGUUAAGGACAGAAGUGAACUCAAGGCCAUGAACCCACUGGAUUUCAAAUUUUAGGCACCCACAGUGACAUUGUAGAAUGUCUGGGCUUCUGAGGAGAAAACAAGCCCUAGCUAGGAAGCCUUGUGGCUUGGCUGCAUCAUGUUGGGAUGACUUUUUUUCCCUAAGCAUUUUCUCAGCUCCUUCAUCAAGUAGGUAAAAUGAGCCUUUUGUGUACAUGCACACGCACGCACAACUUGUGAACACACGUUUCAGUUAAAUUGGAGAAAAUGAGAGAUGGGAUGAGGUUAUGAAUGUUGUAAAAUUGUCAGGAGAUGGGAGAGUCUUUUCUGGAAUUUCUCUUCUGGGAAAGGGGUCGGGGCAGCUUUUGCUUGUUAUAUAAUGUUGUCUUUAAGUACAGUGGUGUAUUUUUAUUUGGGAUUGUGCUCUUUUAUCAAAAACCUA